AUGCCAUUCGGGGAGUGCACCAUCACACUUCAGGACGUGGCAUACCAGUUGGGGUUACCAGUAGAUGGACAUUAUGUCAGCGGUUGCGUUACAGAUUUCCACGUAUACAUACAGGGUGACCGGCAAGCUUGGCAGGGGUUCCAGGAGUUGCUCGGUGUGUUACCUCCCCCGAGCCAAAUUCAAAAGUUCGCUGUGAGCUGCAGCUGGUUCCAGGAGACUUUUGGAGAGUGCCCCGAGGGGACCGAUGAGGCGACAGUUAGGCGCUUUGCCCGUGCCUAUAUCAUGAUGUUGUUGGGCACCCAGCUGUUUGCCGACAAGUCUGGCAAUCGUAUUCACAUCAGAUGGCUACCGUACAUGGCUAGACUUGAGGAGAUGGGUGGAUACAGUUGGGGGUCAGCGGCGCUUGCAUGGUUGUACCGGUGUAUGUGCCGAGUGGCCAACAAACAUGUCGUGAAGUUAGCUUGGCCAUUACAGUUACUUCAGUCUUGGAUCUUUUGGCGGUUUCCUAGAUUUUGGUCUGAUGGGUUUGAUUCGUUUAGCUGGCCCCUGGCAUCCAGGUGGUCAGGUUACAAUCCUGACGUUAGCGAGAAGGGACCUCGGGUGCAGAUGACUCGGCUGAGGAUCGACAUGUUACAGCCUAAGGAUGUGAUUUAUAUGGAUGCUAUAUAG